AUGGAGAGUGACUUUCAUAUAUGUUACUACUACAUAGGUCCCAAGGGCAAGUUCAGUCACGAGUUCUUAGAAUUUGAGUUCCAACCCAAUGGGAAAUUGAGAUAUGCCGACAACAGCAAUUACAAAAAUGAUGUCAUGAUCAGUAAAGAGUCUUAUGUACAUAAAAGCGUGAUGAAGAAACUGAAGAGAACAAUUAAUGACAGUGAAAUUACCAAACAGGAUGAUGUUUUAUGGCCUCCUCCUGAUGAGGUGGACUGGCAGGAGCUUGAAAUCAUCAUUGGAGAUGAACACAUUUCCUUUACAAAUCAAAAACUGGUUCUCUUAUUGAUGUCCAUCAAUCUAGAAGGCUUACAAGUAUUUUAUUUUCUUGUCCGGGACCUAAAGUGUUUGGUCUUCAGUCUUACUGGAUUACACUUCAGGAUGAAGCCAAUCUAA